GCAUUGUUGAGGAGAGGUAAUAUCGAUGAUUGGCCGUGCGAUAUGAAUAGCGGAGUCUAUAUCGACAUUAAACGCGUACGAAUGCGAUGAUCGAUUGGAUAUACCGAGUCGCCGAAGCCUGGAAAUUUAAUUGACUUUUUUAUCCGGAGAAAUCAAGGACAAUAAUCUCGGAGAUCAGCGCCGCGCACAAAAGACUUCGAAAACAUCGUCGCGUCGAGUGUUAAUAACAGCCUAGCGGCUGCAAAAAAAUCCAACGAAACUAGUUUAAAGUCGUAAAACUUUGAAGAGCGCGCGCUCGUAAGUAAAAUUGACGUUUUGCUUGGAGAGACGGUUUCUAUUGAAAUUUCUCUUACAAUACAUAUGCACGAGGAUGUAUACAGACGCGUAAGGCUGCCAAGAUCGUUAGAAAUGAAAAUAAAAAAUACGAUGCAAAUGACCUGCUGCGCUCGACGUUGCGUAAGGAUCGCGAUCCCCGAUGCAUCUCGCAGCUCGAUGUAGAGAAUUUGGAUACACACUUCCGAGAUGCAUGCAUAAUUUCCUCUAAAAUCGUGAAGCUCCUUCCAGGAAGAAAAAUGUAUUAUACAUUCGUUACGAAUUAGUCGGAAAGAUUGCAGCGAAAAAUAAAAAAAAACGCAGACUGACGCAUGAAUCACUAAAAGCAGCCUCGCGCGCGCCUACGUCGAUGCGAUGAGAAUCGUCUCCUCCGCGCGCGCGUAUAAGACACAAUAAUUUCACGAUAAAACGAGUCGAGUAUAUGCGCGAAUUUUUUUGCCUCGUCGCGCAUUAGUAAACACACUCGUAUGUGCGCACCGGUCCGAGCGCGCGGAGAGAUUAAUUUUUAUCGUUGCGUCAAUGCACUCUCUCGUCUACCGAUAGCCGCGAGAGAGAGAGAGAGAGAGAGAGAGAGAGAGAGAGAGAGAGAGAGAGAGAGAGAGAGAGUUACGGCGCCGCGACGAUCGUGUGCACCUGAUACGACCAGAUGCUCCGCUUCUCUGUUUUCAAUGUCGCGCGCAACGAGAUAGAGAGAGAGAGAGAGAGCGAGAUAUAUAUAUGGAGAUAUCGUAGAAAUUGGACGAAUUUAUACUUACGUAAAUGGAAAAUGAACUUGCGCAAUCGCAUUAGUUGUGCGAGUUAUAAUCACGGUAUUAAUCGGAUCAUUAGUUACAUCGGCUUUCGUAAGAGUUUCUUUUAUGCGCUCGACACGGAGAGCGAUUACGUGAAUGUGUAAAUUGCCAUCGAAAGUCCGCCCGUUCGUCGGAAAGAUUAGGGAUUAUAAACAAAGAGUGCGCGCGUACACAAACGCACGUAGGUACACAUGAUGAAAGAUGACGAAAGAGGAAGAGAAGAAGCUAAAAGCUGGAAGUGUCGAUGGAAUAAUCGUUACCACCGCACACGCUUACGACACCAAUUACCCCCCUAACGAAAAACAAGAGGAAAGCCAUCGUCUCUCGCGGGACAGCUGAUGCUGGAAAGAAAGGAGAAAAAAAACUUGGGAGUAAAACAACGUCCUUACCUCGCGGCGCCUUGCCAUCAGCAUCAUAAUAUUAUAUCCCAUCCGUCUCCCUCGCACCUUAGUAUAUAUACACGUAGCAACUCGCCAACGGCCGUCGCGGUAGAAGAGAUAAACGUGCGCGCCGCUGCAGCUGUGAAACGUGAGACGCUAGACACGUAUGUACAUGUGUAUACACUACACCCUCUUCUCUUCUCUAUCACCCACACACACACACACACACACACAAGUUGAUGGUAGCUAGUGCUAGCCGGUUUAUGGUCUAUAGGCGCCCGCCGCCGGGGAACGAUCCCAUAGCGUCAGCUGUGUGUGCGUGUACCUAUAUAACACGCAGGAGAGAGAGAGAGAGAGAGAGAGAUAGGGCGAGGGGAGGGGGACAACGGCGGCGGCGCAGGCAGAGGAGAGAUAGUCGCCAAGAGAGCGCAUUGUGGCAGUCGUGCGCGAGCGAGUGAGAGAGAACACACUCGCGUGCUGCACUCUGCGAACGCACAUCAGAGCCUGCGGGGCUCGCGCGAGAGAAAGACUGUGUGUCCGUUUCUGCCGCUGCUGCUUCUCAACACGGUUGGGGGAGAGGAUGGUCAGCAUGAGCUCAAUGCUCGUAGAAACAGUAAGCAUCAACUAUGAAGACUUUAAUGAGAGCUUUUUAACAUGUGGCACCUGCCUUUGUGUAUACGAUGGCAGCGAACAUACUCCAAAGCUAUUGCCAUGCUCCCACACGGUGUGCCUACAUUGCCUCACAAGAAUCGCGGCCUCCCAGACGCGCGAAGCUGGAGCCUUCCGAUGUCCAAUUUGCAGAGAAUUGAUCACAAUACCUCGAGGUGGGGUACCAGCAUUACCUCCAAGUUUUCUUGUGAAUCAAUUGUUAGAUUUGAUGUCCAGGCAGCGUAGAGAAGUUAUUCCAAAAUGUUCAGUACACAUUAAUCAAGAAUUGUUGUUUUGUGAAACUUGUGACACAGUAUUUUGUACAGUUUGUACUGGAGGAAAUCAUGCAGGUGCCUUGCCUGGGUGUACUGAACACACAAUUAUUCCAUUUAGCAUAGCCAUAAAACGUAUGUCUGAAAUAUUACUGUAUAAGGCAAACGAAUGUAUAUCAAAGCUAACACAAGCACAAGAUUCAGUCAGUACCGAACUCCAGAGGUUAGAUACUGCAAAACAAAAGUGUCUAGAAGCAGUUGAUGCAGAGUUUGCAAACAUCAUUGCUAAAGUGGAAAGGCGAAAAACGGAAUUGCAUGCUGCAGUCAAUGCUGCAGCUAGAGAUAAAAAACAUGUUCUUGAAGAGCAGCAUGCACUGAUUGAAGCAGAGAAAAAUAAAGUUGAACGCGAGUGCGAAGGCCUACAGUAUCAGGUUGAAGUGCGAAACAUCACCCAAAGAAUAGGCAGUUUAUCCGACCAGUUAGAUGCUGCAGUAGCACUCAGUGAGCCCAGAGAAAACGCUUUUAUUACUUCUGAAUUCAACCACAAUGAUGCUCUUGCUAAUCUAGAACAAGCGCUUAAAGCAUUUGGAAGAGUUAGAUCUAGUACAACACUACCAAGCUUAUGUCGGGCUCAAUUAAAAGACACUGCUGUAGUGAAAUUACAGACCACUGUAUUGGUAGAGACAGUGGAUUAUCAUGGACACCCCAGAAAUGCAGGAGGUGAUCCUAUUGGAGCAGAGCUAGGUUUAAGCGACGAGAGUGAAUCGCAAAAUCAAAACUCUUCCGUCACAACGGAGGUCAAAGAUCUUGAAAAUGGAACGUAUGAAGUCAUUUUCAGACCAAAAGUAGCCGGUCGUUAUGCUUUAAGAAUAUCUGUUUUUGAAAGACCUAUAAAAGAUUAUCCCCUGUUCUUUGACGUAACGGAGCAUAAUGAACCCAUUAAAGUUUAUGGACACAGAGGUUCUGGUAAAGACGAGUUCCACCAACCAGUUGCUGUGGCUGUUGAUGAUAAUGGCAUUAUAUACAUCGUGGAUACUGGAAAUUCUCGAAUAAAGGUACUGGAUGAUAAUUUAGAGUUUAUGCGACAUCUUACAAAUGAAGGACUAGAAGGAAGAAGUUGUACAGGCAUAGCGAUUUCAGAACAAGGCCUAGUUGUUGUGAAUUGGCGAACAAAGUCAGUGACUGAAAUGACAACACUGGGUGAUACUAUUCGUUCAUUUUCACAUAAUGCCUUUCAAGAGCCUAUUGAUGUGGCUGUAGAUAGAAGUUAUGGACACUUUUUAGUCGCCGAUAAUGGACAAUGCUGUGUGUUCGUAUUUGACUGUAAUGGAAAGAUUCUUUUUCAGGUUGGAAAGAAGAACAUGUUCAAGUUGAUCGUAUCAGUAGCAGUCGGUCCGGCUGGUGAAAUUUUAGUCGCAGGCUCGCGCAUUCAAGUUUUUUCGGCAAAAGGUGAUUUUACAGAAGAAAUCAACGCCGAAAGCAAAGAUAAAGGCAGAUAUGGGGGAAUGGCCAUUGAUAGUGAAGGCAGAAUAUUGGCUUCUCGAACGGAAAAGGGACGGACCGUUAUUCAAGUGUUAAAGCUGGGUGGAGGAGCAAUUUUGUCGGAAAUUGAUUCCCACAGUUCAAAGUUACGUCGUCCAUCAGGAAUUGCAGUUUUACCGAAUGAGCACUUGAUUGUAGUGGAUCUUGGCAACGAUUGCGUAAAAAAGUAUAGGUAUUGGUAAAGUAACAGGACACGUUUGAAUUGCACUUGCGAAUUUGCGCAUAGGAUUAUUCAGUGAUUUUCUUUUGCAUUUGGCCAUACAAGUACAAACUGCCAGUUUCUCAGUAAUUGUUGGUGAGAUGUUUAAUUACUCAUGCGUUCAAAGUAAUUAUUGUGGCGAUUAUUAUUUUUGGAUUGAUCUUUUGUCACAACGCUUGGUUGCAUUAGCUACGCGUUACCAUUUUGUAACAAGCGAGUAGGCAAUUAAGAUCUGCCAUACGCCACUGCCCAUUUUCAUUCUGAAAAGUUAUAGCACAAUAAAUGGCACGUUGCGUAAAUUUUCAUUUGAUUCGUUAGCGAUAGAAUCUUAUAUGAAAUUGCAUAGUACAAUGCUAAAUUAACAACUAUAAAAUAAACAAGUUAUGCUUGCAGUUAUAUAAAUAUGACUUAAAACUGUUAGUUUAAUUAAAAAAAAAACACUGUACCAUACAAAAUUGGCAGAGUUGUAUCAUACGUGAGUAUUGUACAUAAGAUUUGUUCAGUAUUAUCGCAACGUCAAAUUAUUCUUAAUGUAAAAACGAUUCUUAAUGUAAAAUUACAUGAUAUAUCUCAAUUUGAGGUAGAACGCUUGCUCGCUUCUAUUUAAGUAAUUGAAGAGGUCAUGAUUAUUUGGCCUUUAUUGUAAAUUAUGUAUGAAAUGUACUAGUCUUAUUCACAAAAAAAUAGAAAAAAAUCUUCCUUAACUUGCCAGGAAAACAGGCUUAAGGUUGUUUUAGCUGGAAAGCAUACGAUGCCAUUUCGCGAAUCAAGAAUGUUUUAAGACUUGAGCAUGCGCUGGUUUUAGUUCAUUUUUUAAAAGUAAAGUAGUGUAACAAUUGAAAAGGUUCGCAGUUUUCGAUGUAGAGAAACAUGAACGCUUUUAAAAAGUUGUUAUAGUAAUUUUUGUAUAAGAUGUAGCUCAAAUGAGAAAAUUGAGCGGUCGAACGCAUAAACGUACGGCGAUUUUUAAGAGAUAGACUUGAAAAUAACUUACUUAAACUUGGGAAAUAUUUUUUAUUCCGCUUUAUGCUUACAUGGCUCAUACUUUUGUACAUGCAAUUACUAUAUAUUUAUAUUUUCUAGAGUGAAUUCGUGGAAAGAAGUCAUUUUUCUAGCUUGAAACUUUCAUAAUCAAGUACGUUAAGUUGUUCGCAUGCGAUUUACACGCUUAAUUUUCGUAUCUCAGUUUGAUAAGAAUAUUAUUGUUUGCUUAACAAGCAUUUUUUUAACCGUUUACUUGAAAUCUCGAUUGCAUUUAUUAAUUUAAAAUAAUGUUUAAGUAACAUUCCUCGAAAAUUAUUUGUCGAAAAAGUCAGGGCUGCCAUGAAAAGAAGUUUGUUUUUAAAUUUUUUACGUGUUUUACUUAACAUUGACUCACUAAAGUCGUGAUUAAUAUUUUACUUCGCUUCUAUUUGCUUAUUUAAGCACUACCAUGACAAAAAUGAAUGUUUACUAAUAUUUUUUUUUCUGAUAUUGAAUUAAGAAUAGAAACUUAAAGUGAGGAAACUUGAAAGAAAAAGUAAAAUAAACUGGGUCCUAAAUAUAUAACAGUAGGUAAAUGUCGAGUAUUGCAAGACGCACGUUUCAGAACGCGAAGUCUUUGACUUGUCUUAUUUGAGUUUCCUCUUGAAUUUAAGAAAGUAAAAUUGUGUAAAUUAUGUAUCUUUUUCGUGCUUUGAAGGUUUCGUAGAGACCUGCCCAAGAACUCGGCGUUAUCGACUUUUUUUUCUAAAAAUACUGCCAGGAACGUAACUACUUAGCGUUUGACUUGCGCAAGUAUCAUAUAAUCUCAUGAUUGCUGUUUGAUGAAAACGCUGAAAAAUGAAAAUGCAUACAUUUGAAUCAACACAUUAUUUCGAAUUCGAAAUCCCGACUGAUAUGCGUUUAUUUUGUAAUAUUGAUAUUUUGUUUUCUAGUCACCCUUAUUUAUUAGUUAAUUAUUCGAUUGUUUAUUGUAUUAUCUUGUAUUCGUGUGCUGUAAAAUAAUGAAACUACAAUCUGUAAAUAAUCUGAUCUUAACUCGACGAAGAAAAAA